UUGGGAACGGAAACCAAAUCUGUAAACAAACGUAUCGCCUACUAGCAACAGUCGUAGUAGACACAUGUGCAAAGAGACAGCGGGCUAAAAACAGAAGAUGUUUAAAAACACAUUCCAAAGCGGAUUUUUAUCUAUCUUAUACAGCAUCGGCAGCAAACCUCUUCAGAUAUGGGAAAAGAAGGUGAGAAAUGGCCACAUCAAGAGAAUCACAGACAAUGACAUCCACUCAUUGGUGUUGGAGGUUGAAGGUACAAACGUAAGUACCACCUAUAUAACAUGUCCUGCAGACCCCAAGAAGACAUUGGGCAUCAAGCUUCCUUUUUUGGUCAUGAUCAUCAAGAACCUAAAGAAGUAUUUCACCUUUGAAGUCCAGGUGUUAGAUGAUAAAAACGUUAGGCGACGGUUUCGGGCAAGUAACUAUCAGAGCACGACACGAGUGAAGCCGUUCAUCUGCACCAUGCCCAUGAGGCUGGAUGACGGCUGGAAUCAGAUACAGUUCAACCUGUCAGACUUCACCAGGAGGGCCUAUGGAACUAAUUAUAUUGAGACGCUGCGGGUACAGAUCCACGCUAACUGUCGAAUAAGGAGGGUGUAUUUCUCAGACAGACUGUACUCUGAGGAUGAGCUUCCAGCAGAGUUUAAACUGUAUCUGCCCGUCCAGAAUCAGAAGGCCAAGCAGUAGAGCUUCAACCUGCACUGUUUCCCCAGACCUGAUGUGAUAUUUAGCUGUAAAAUUUUCUGUGUAGAUAUAUGGUGAACUUUAAAACCUUGUAAUAUUGGAACUUUGGAGUUUUGAGUGCCGUCUUGAGUUGCUCUGCACAAUAAAGUUUUUUUUAUGGAC